GUGCAAUGUGUCAUUUAGGCCUGUGACGUUGGAACUUUAUUAUUUGAACAUUUAAAAAUAAAUGAAUCCAAGAGGUUGAGUCACUGGUCCAAAAAUGCCCAGGAGGAAAAGGCCAAGUCAGGUACCCCGGCUCUAGAGCUACUAACUGAUCGCCGGAGACCCUGGGCCUUGGAAGAAGUCGCCUCCCCAGAUCUCUAAGCAGGCCGCGCGACCCUCGAGUCUCAGGUAAGCGGGAAAUCCCAUUUCACAAGGAAGCCCCGCCCCCCCCCCUCCGCUCCGAGGCACGGGCGCAUGCGCGGGUCGGCCACCAGCUGGGGCCGCGGGGCCGCCGCUCUGGCCCGCAUGGGGCAGUCGUCCGCGUCUCGCUGAUGAUGACGCACGUCCGGAGCGGUGGGGAAAGCAAGAUGGCGGCGCCCAUGGAGGUGGCCGUGUGUACGGACUCGGCGGCCCCGAUGUGGAGCUGCAUCGUGUGGGAACUUCACUCGGGCGCCAACCUGCUCACCUACCGCGGCGGCCAGGCGGGACCCCGCGGCCUGGCGCUGCUCAAUGGCGAGUAUCUGCUGGCGGCGCAGCUGGGCAAGAACUACAUCAGCGCCUGGGAGCUGCAGCGGAAGGACCAGCUCCAGCAGAAGAUCAUGUGCCCCGGGCCUGUCACCUGUCUGACCACGUCACCCAACGGUCUCUACGUCCUGGCAGGAGUUGCAGAAAGCAUCCACCUGUGGGAGGUCUCCACUGGGAACCUUCUGGUCAUCCUGAGUCGACACUACCAGGAUGUCUCCUGCCUUCAGUUCACAGGGGACAGCAGCCACUUCAUCUCGGGGGGCAAGGACUGCCUAGUGCUGGCUUGGAGCCUCUGCAGCGUGCUGCAGGCCGACCCCUCCAGGAUCCCGGCGCCCCGGCACGUCUGGUCUCACCACACGCUCCCCAUCACGGACCUGCACUGUGGCUUUGGGGGCCCCCUGGCCCGGGUGGCCACCUCCUCACUGGACCAGACGGUGAAGCUAUGGGAGGUCUCCUCGGGGGAGCUGCUCCUCUCCGUCCUCUUUGACGUGUCCAUCAUGGCGGUGACCAUGGACCUGGCUGAGCACCACAUGUUCUGCGGGGGCAGUGAGGGCUCCAUCUUCCAGGUCGACCUCUUCACCUGGCCCGGACAGAGGGAGAGGAGCUUCCAGCCAGAGCAGGACGCCGGGAAGGUCUUCAAAGGGCACAGGAACCAGGUGACCUGCCUGUCGGUGUCCACUGACGGCAGCGUGCUGCUCUCAGGCUCCCACGACGAGACCGUGCGCCUCUGGGACGUGCAGAGCAAGCAGUGCAUCCGAACGGUGGCCCUCAAAGGCCCAGUCACCAACGCCACCAUCCUGCUGGCGCCCGUCAGCAUGCUGAGCUCAGACUUCAGGCCCAGCCUGCCGCUGCCCCACUUCAACAAGCACCUGCUGGGCGCUGAGCAUGGGGAUGAGCCGCGCCACGGGGGCCUCACCCUGCGCCUGGGCCUCCACCAGCAGGGCUCGGAGUCCAGCUACCUGGACCGCACGGAGCAGCUGCAGGCGGUCCUGUGCAGCACCAUGGAGAAGAGCGUGCUCGGCGGCCAGGACCAGCUGCGCGUCCGUGUGACGGAGCUGGAGGACGAGGUGCGCAACCUGCGCAAGAUCAAUCGGGACCUGUUCGACUUCUCCACGCGCUUCAUCACGCGGCCGGCCAAGUGAGGCCCGGAGACCCCGACCCGAGGCGCCCAGGCCUGAGCCCCGCACCUCCCAGCGACCAGAGCCCGCAGGCGUGGCCCCCACCAGCCCAGCCUGGACUCUCAGUUCUGUGUCGUGUUCGGGGUUUUCCUUUGUGACUGGGCCGUCUUGGUGUCUCGUGGCACACGUUACAUUGGUGCUAGUCUGUUUUUAACAAAAGAGGAUGAAAAGCU